CAAUCAGAGGCCCGGCAUUCCAAAGAUAUUUUAUUCUUCAGAUGCUUAACCUUAAAAAAAAGUAUUUUCAGAAAAAAAAGACAUUGAAAAAAAAACUUGGAAACAAGAUAUUGAAACCAAUGCGCCUCUACACCACAGUGGUCUCGCGAUUGGUUCUGAGAGGAAACAGGUCUAUACAUCCUCUGACUUCUUCUUAUCCAUCAUCGUUAAUUAAGCCCCUCAUCUGCUCUAGACCAUUUCAUUUUCAACAACAGCAAAACGCUAAGAAAAGGAAACCUGAAUUUCCUGUCUUUGAUGAUUUCAAUAACGAGGAGUGGCCGCAAUUUACAAAAACUGGAGCCCAACAGCCUAUAUCGUUAGACAAAUUCAACGAAUGGUUGGAAAUGGCAGAUCAACCAAAGGAAAAAUCUGGUCAGAAAAAUGGCGGCGGGAAAAGAUCUCAUCCCCAGCAAAAGAUGAAGAAAGAAAAGAAGUAUCAGAAGAAGCCCCGUAAGAGGGAGAGGGAUAUGACCACCGGUUCCAACGAAGAGGUCUUAGCCUUUGAUAUACAGAGUCUUAAAGAGUCCCUGGUUCAGGAUGACGAUGGAAAGAAUGAGACAGAUGAGGCUGCACUUGAAAUCCUGCCAGAAGAAGGCUCCGAAAUUGACGUAGAUGUCGUCGAGCUCGCAUCAACGGGAGAAGGGUUAGCCUUACAGAAAGGCUCCAAAAGGAUCUAUGUUGUGCCGUUUGGGAUCCCUGGUGACACCCUCAAGGUGAAAGCAUAUCGCCACCUACAAUCGGAAGGGUAUACCGUUGCAGACUUCAUCUCAGUGGUGACACCAUCCCCAUCCCGCGAUGACAGUCGUGUCCAAUGCAAAUACUUUUCCACAUGCUCGGGAUGCCAGUUUCAAAUGCUGGAUUAUGCCGAGCAACUACGCCUCAAGAAGCGCAUCGUCGAGAAGGCUUACCGGAACUUCUCCCAACUGCCUCCCGAGCUCAUCCCCACAAUCCAGGACACUAUGGGCAGCCCGCUACAGUACGGCUACCGCACUAAACUGACGCCACAUUUCGACGCCCCCCAGGGCUGGCGUAAGACGAAGCAACCUUUUAAACAAUGCCCUCCUAUAGGCUUCAUGCCCAAGGGCAAGCGACACACGUUAGAUAUUGAGGACUGUCCCAUCGCCACAGAUGCCGUACGGCUUGGGAUGAGGAACGAGCGCGCACGUAUGGCCGUCGAGUACGGCAAAUACACGCGCGGCGCCACCAUAUUACUUCGUGAGAGCACCAGGCGCGUCCCAAAGAAGAGAGAAAGCAGCCCAUCAUCAUCUCCAAAAGAAGCCUCAACCACAGAACCCCCACGCUCCCGCCCCCCCUCAAUCCCACCUCCCGACGCCCCCUCCGUCCGCGUAGAAACAGACACCUACACCGACAUUAAAACCUGCGUGACCGACAACAACGGCACAUCAACCGAAUACAUCGGAUCCUACGUCUUCCACAACCCCGCCGGCUCCUUCUUCCAAAACAACAACUCCAUCCUCCCGGACUUCACCUCCUACAUCCGCUCGCACAUCCUGCCCCCCGACACCGACACCACCACCGACAUCACCAACCUCUCUCUCGCCACCCCCGCAAUCAAGAACCUAAUAGACGCAUAUUCCGGCUCGGGGCUCUUCACCAUAACCCUCUCCUCGCUCCUAACCGGCAGCAGCGUCGGCGUCGACGUCUCCGACGCCAGCAUAGCCUACGCCUCGCACAACGCGCGCGCAAACGCCAUCCCCCUCGAACGCGCGCGCUUCAUCGCCGCCGACGCGAAACAGCUGUUCACUCCCACCAUCCAUAAACGCUACCCUCCCGACGAAACCGUCGUCGUCCUCGACCCGCCCCGCAAGGGGUGCGAUACCGAUUUCCUAAGCCAGUUGUUGCGGUUCGGCCCGAAGAGGGUUAUUUACGUGAGUUGCAACGUGCAUACGCAGGCGCGGGAUGUGGGGAUGUUGGUGCGUGGGGAGGUGGAUAUGCCUGGUGGUGAGGGUGUUGAGUUGGAGAUGGGGAAUGGGGGUGGGAAUGGGAAGAAGACGAAGUACUCGAUUGAGAGUUUACGGGGCUUUGACUUUUUCCCGCAGACGGGACAUGUAGAGGGGGUUUGUGUUUUGAAUCGUGUUGAUGAGGAGUAGGGUUGCUGUGAUUUAUCGGAUGCUGAACUUAUAUACAAGUGCCUAUGGAUGGGAUGAUACAAUGUUCUGGUUGAGCUGAGUAUCUGCUCUACUCUUUAGGAUGAGAUGGGAACGAUGCACCAUAGAAAAGUUAGCUUACACUUAUAAGGAAUACAUGGUUUGGGAUGAUGAUAUACGUCAUGUCACACAAUGUACAUACAAAUUGGC